GUGGCGUCAUACUUGACGUCGACGAGAGAAUGUUUAAAGAUUACCCUAAUCAGUUUGCUCCUUUUAGAAUUCCGUGUGAAAAUCAUUAUAAUGGCACUUUGUUUCGUUAUCCACUCCGUACUGAAGUAGAUUCUACUGACUCGGAAAUUUCUGACAGAAUUUAUAAACCUGACGCAAUCUUGGAAAUGUUUGAUAAAUUUUACGAACAUGAGAGCAUUGAUAGCUUAUUGUUCAUAAAAUAUAUUGAACGCAUUUCUUUUUAUGAAAUAAAAAAUGGUGCUAACGAACUUGAGUUACUAUAUACAAUUCAAUUGGAAAAUGCCGAUGAAGUUCGAGAAAAGCGUCGGUUGAUAGCAAAAAAUAUUGGGCCAAUGAUGAAUUUAUUAAAAUCGGGUGAACUUAAAGGAAAUAAUCAAUUAGAUACGUCUUAUAUUGCAACGUUUUGUCGUCAAAAAGGAGAUUCUAAAGAGAAUAGUUCAUGGUUAAUCUUGAAUUAUCUUGAUGACUUGCUCGAAACCGAAAAAUAUUUUCAAAAUGAGUUCAAAAGAAGCAUUGGUGAUCACAAGUUUAUCCCUAACGUUGGUUUAGCCGUUCCCAUCAAUGAUUUAAUGAUCGCUGGAAGUUUAUUUUGUUUUUUACCUCUUCCCAUUUCUACGCCUUUUCCCGUUUCGGUGCAUGGAUAUUUCGCGGAUUGUUAUUAUAAAGAACACGAAUACCUAGUUUGUUUGGUUGCACCAAUACUGGAUUAUAAUGUUAAAGAUGAAAAUUUUUUAAAACACUUGGGAUGGAAUACUUAUCCGGAUGUUAGAACAGUUCUAGAGCAAUUAGAAUUAUGUUACGUUCGUUCAUCUAAUGGACAAUCACCUGAGAAUUUGAAAGAAAUUUGUAACGCAAUAUACAAAUAUAUGUAUAAAGCUUUUCAAAAAGAUGAUAAAGAAGAAUUUGAAAUUAUGAAGAAUGAUUUGGAAAAUAAACCUUGGAUUUGGCAUAAUGAUGCAUUUUAUUCGGCUGAUAAAUUCGUCUUUCGUCUUCCAACUGAAUUUGAGGACAAUAAUUCUUUAAUUGUAGAACUUCCUCCAGGAUACAUAAGUGAUUUUAAAUCUUUAUUUGAAGCAAUGGGAGUUCGUAAUGAAAUUGGCGUCAAGGAGUUGAUUUUAAUUAUAAAUAAUAUGGUGGAAGGAAAUGAGGAAAGAAAGUUAUCAGAUGACGAAAUAAACCAUAAUGCAGAUGAUGCUAAAGCCACAAAUUUGUCAGUAAUAGUCGAUGAAAGACCGAAAUUCCAACAUUCGUCUAAAAUGUCGUUACUUACAAAAGAAAUGGAUGGUUGGCAAGUAGGAUUCAAUUGUGCCUAUCAUCUUACAGAUUUACCAAGCAUCGUAAGCAGAGAAUAUAUUAUAUUUUUUGAUCCAAAUGAAAAAUAUCUUCCAGCACAAGGACGUCCACCUAAAAGAAAAAAAGGUUUUAAAAUUAAUUUUAUGAAGACAAAAUUUAAGGAGAGUUUUCCGGAUCAAUGCUAUCCUUAUGAAGCUUUAGAUUGCAAUUUUAAUGAAAUAUUCAACGGAACAUUGUUUAGGCUUCCGCUUAGAACUGAUCAAUUAGCGAGCGAUAGUAAAAUUACGAACCAUGUCGUUAAAAUUGAAGAAAUCUUGCAAUUAUUUAAUGGCGUUCAGGGUAAUAAAGAAAUGCUCUUUUUAAGAAAUAUAGAGUUAUGUAGUUUACGUCACAUAAAUGAUCAUGAACAAGUUCCUCAACCAAUAUGGCAAGCUCAAAUUUAUAUGUCGGAUGAUCAUCGCGAUAUUCGUAAAAGUGUAACGGACUGUAUACAAACAUAUCAGCUAGAUAUUAAAAUUGAGAUCAAUGAUAUACUAAACAGUAAAAUUUCAGAAAUAUGGCUUUUAUGUAUAGGGGGACAUGAGAGAAUCAGAUCGGAAGAACUUGAAAAUAUUUCGAGGAGAACACAAAUUAAGUUUCCAAAUCCUCCUGAACUCAAAGGCGAAAUCUUUUCUUACUUACCAUUGUCAAUAAGUACCAAUUUGGGAGUUCAUUUAAAUGGAAACUUUUCUUUGUCUAGUUCCAGAAGCAAUGUUCUACAAUUUGAAAAUGACGUUGAUCAUAAACGAAUAAUACCUAAUAAUUCGCUUAACGCUUUCGUACUUGCCAGCACAUUAUAUGAUAGUAGUAUUCAUUUAUUCCUCAAUACUUUUGCAGAUAAAAACAAAUUUUUACCACCAGAAUUACAAAAUGACCCUGUUUGUUUAGAAGCUCUUGGAAGGAUUGGUCUUAAGAAUCAAGUGAAUUCUGAUACAUAUAUUGAAUGUGCACAAGAAAUUGCACAAGAAAUUGUUAUACAGAUUAACCAAGCUAGAUUUCCAGCAAAUGAAAUUGAAGAUCGUGCAAAAACUUUAGUACUGUAUUUAUAUGAACAUGUCAACAGUUUAAAUUUCAACGAACAACAAUGGGAAAUAAUUAUUGAAAUGAAAUUUGUUCCAUCAGAAAAGAAUCUUUCUCCAUUUUAUUAUGAACCGAAAGUAACUACAGGUUCGUCAUCUGAAACUGAGGUUACACCUGUUAAUCUUACAAAUAUCUUUCUUACAACUUCCGCCGAGCUUGAGAAAAAUCCGACAAGAAAGCCGAAUCAAAUACAUCUUCAGCAGAAGCGACGAUGA